AGACCUUUCUCCCUCCCCAAAGUUCAAAGUUGAAACUGCCUGGGGAAUGAGUUUAAAACCUAAACCAAACCGAAGCAAAGCGUUUCACUGCUGCUGCCCGCAAGGAAAAAAGAAGUAGAUUACGGUCUGAACUUGAAGACAGAGAGAUUGCAGGGAUGUCACAGUUGGCAGAAAGUGAGGUUUUCCUGGCUUUCUGUACGUACGCCACCAUCGUCAUCCUCAAAAUGUUGCUCAUGGCUCCGCUGACAGCCUACUUUCGGAUCACAAAAAAGGUGUUUUCCAACCCAGAGGACACGUGGCUGGCUGCCAAUGCAGAGGAGAAGAAGAAAAUGCUAUGUACAGAUGAAGAUGUUGAGCGGGUUAGAAGAUGCCACCUGAACGACUUGGAGAACAUCGUUCCCUUCCUCAUGAUUGGGCUGCUGUACUCCAUCACUGGACCGGACCUCAGUACGGCACUCCUGCACUUCCGGGUCUUUGUGGAUUCUCGAAUUUUUCACACUGUUGCCUAUCUGGCAUGUCUCCCCCAGCCAAGUAGGGGUCUGUCGUAGAUGGUGGGUAUGGCUACGACCUUCUCCAUGGCAUACAGGGUCCUCACCAGCGUGCUGUACCUCUGAGUGGCUGAGGUGGAGGCCGUCCGCUUCAUAUCUGACUGCCACUUUGACGUGCGGCGCGCCUCCAACUAAAACAUUUUGAACGUUGUCGGAUAGGGAGGUGUUGAUUGCAGGAAUAAGAGUUGCACCUGGCAGAAUCUACUGCAACUAAUAAAUAUGUGGGGAAAUUAUUAAUCAGGCUUAAGAGUUUUCCUUAACUGAAACCCCCCCUCCUAUUGUGUCAACAUCCGAUUCUUCAAAACACGGUGGCCAUUUCACAAACCUGCCUAACGUGUACUUCAAGGUCCUUCAUCUGUUGAGGUGACCACCUUGGGAUCCCGGCGUGUCAAUACCUUGGUCAGAUCUAAUCAGGACCAGCACAUCAGUUUCCCAACUGCAAGGUGGACAUUGACUUUUCCAUAAAACGGUGGUGUCAGUGAGUCUUCAGGUCCUGUUCUUCAGCCACCACAGGGCAGGUUCUUAAUGUCCAUGUUUAAUUAGAGAUGUAAACACAGGGGGUAAACAAAUGGGUUUUUCUUUGAGUGUGGUGUGCUCAGCUCUCGCUGUUGUCUUCCAGCCUGAGAAAUGGUGGCACUAAUUGGGUUAUUGUUAAUCUUGCAGUUGUUGCUGUAGCUGAGCUGCACAAUGAUGUUUAAAUGUCCCUUUAAAUGUGAUACAUCUACUCCCCCUUAAUAAUACCACUGCCUUUUUCCUCUGAUGUGCAUGAGGUGACUCUCCACAACGGCAUCUUGAAUUUAAAUAACAAUGUAUCGUUCUGUAUCCUUUUCAUUUUACUGAAAUGGCUUUUUGGCAUAUUUCUGAAUAUUAUACCUUUGUUUCUUCUUAAGGCAUAAUAAUAAGAUAUUUUAAAUGGGUUAGCAGCACAAAUUAAUAUUAACUGUGACUAGUCCUCUUGGAUGUCUUUAGCUAUCCUGCGUUUGUAAUGCCGGUAGAGUUUACUUUUUUGGGCGAUUAGUUGGAUGUACCCUAAAUAUGUCACAAUUUUAGGUUUCAUUUCUUUCACAUAAUGUUUAAAUUAUUUAUUAAUCUCCACUAAUAAAUAAUCUCCUGUUACCUAGAAGAAAUUUUACUUAAUCUGGUCUGGUAAUUACAUGUAUUCUUGUCGUGAAAUUCUGUCCCACUGCACUUGAACAGGUUAUUUUUGUCCAGUAGGGGGAGACAUAUUAAAACCCAAAAUUUUCCCUUUAUUGGACAGUAACAAAUAAGCAGUAGGUACUGCAAAUUAAUGUACUUUUAAAUGUAAUGUUUU